GAGCUACUCAUUGCUGUGCCUUGCCCAAAUAGGAGCAUCUUAGAGGCCCUUCAGUUUCACUUCCCUUUGACUCAAAAGUUCUGAGCUCUCUUGCCUCUGCACCAGGCACUGCUACUGCAGCGAGUCUCAGGGAAAGGGCACGAAUGGAUCGCUCUCCUGUAUUUCGGGGACCUCCUGUUCCUCGCUCUGCUGAGCGGGUCCCAAGACUUCCCCCCACAGGUUCUGGCAUGACAACAUCCCAGGGGAUUUACACACUUGCUAGGCCAGCAAAACCUCCCCUGCCUCCCAAACCAGUAGAGAGAGGCUGCACAGUCCCUGGACCUGUGUCUGGAUGCAGUGGUGAGAUUGAUGAGGAAAAUCAAAUUGAGCUUGAAUCCUGGAAAGAUGGAAGCACUGUGGAUUCACCCAACAGUUUUGACGAUGACGACGAUUAUGAUGAUGGGGGUGUUGCGACUGCAAUGAUUCCUGCAAGUCAGACAACACCUUUGGCAGACAGAAGAGGCAUGGAUGCUAAGAAAGUCGUCGAUCCUGGAUACGGCCCAAGCUAUUCAAGUAUCAAUGCCCUUCCUUCUGAUGAAGCGACAAGCAGUUCAAAUUGUGCUCCUGCCGAUGCUGAGUCUCCGCAAAGGAAAGAAAGCAGAAGAAUCCAUGUUUUCAUCCUUUAUGUCUUGGUAGUCAUCUGCUUUGUGAUGUUGUCAGCGCUACUCUUCUUGGUCCUGGUGAAGUACUCCGGACUAUCAGAGGAGAUGCAAGCUCUGCACUUCAACCAAUCGGAGAUGCUGAUGAGAGUGAAGAAGGACCUGGAUUAUGUGCAGGCGGCACAAAAGAUUAUGGAAAGAACCGUAAGCAACAACUUCAGUGAACUGCAGGAUGUCACAGAAUUCAUCUGUAGCAGCAGAAAUUACUCUCAUCCGUGCCCCGAGGACUGGAAGACUAAAGAGAAGAACUGCUAUUUCAUUUCAACAGAGGCAAAAAAUUGGACCGAUGCUCUGUGGCAGUGCAUUCAUAAUAGGGCUUAUUUGGUCAGCAUUUGGUCUGAUGAUGAACAGGGUUUCCUGAGAGAUAACAUCCACAGUGCAGGUACAUACUGGCUGGGAGCAGCUUACAACGAAAAGGAGGGAAAGUGGAGGUGGAGAGAAGGCGAUUUGCUUAUAUCUACAGCUUUUUGGGAUAUAGGACAGCCACAGAUGGGUGCUGAAAAGGAAUGUGGUGUCAUGCAACCCAACGGAACAUGGGCUUCCGCUGUGUGUUCCCUUCCCUAUCGAUGGAUUUGCAAAAGGAGACUGUUCUGCUGAGACACCUGGUGGGACAGGAUUGUAUACAAGUUGUGUUGCUUCCCUUUUCCUACUCUCACCCCUCCUCAUCCUGGAAUGCAUUGCAGCUACCAAGCAGACUGAUGGAAAAUGAUAGCUUUUAUCACCGCGUGAUCCUAAGCUUCCUAAAGCAUUUUCAUGUGUGACACAUAGUCUUGCUUAUUGUGCAACAAGUGAAAGGAUUGUCUCUCAUAUGGAAUCUGAGUGAUUGUGCCAUACGCUGCUGCCCACAUUCCCAGAAGGCCUUACAAUCAUCCCUGUCAAACACGGGAGGAGGGGAGAAAUCAGCCACCCUGAGACUGUGGGAAUCAGAAAUGCAGCUUAAGUGUGCUUGACUCUCCCAGCUAAGCAGAUGGCAAACACACCUUUGCAACCUGUUCACAUCUCAGGCCUUUUAUUAACUUUCCCCAGCCAGAGGAUGAGGAGGAAGCAAUAGUGGGGUGAGAAGGGAGGCUGUCUAGUGAGCAGGGAGGUGUGAGAACGAUGAGCUUGCAGAAGCAUUCAACCUUCCUGAAUGCUAGGCACUGUAUUAAGGCAGAAGGGCAAGGAGGCUGUGCUGUGUUAGGUGCUAUAGCUUCACUAUUAUUUCAAACGGCAACAUGCAAGGAGGAUAGAUUCUUUUUAGAGCAGGGGUGGGGAACCAUUUUUAGCUGGAGGGCCAGAUCACUUUGCGGCCAACUCCCCCUCCCCCAUUUGACACGAGGGCUGGGCUGGUAAUCUGUCAUUCACCUGGUGUCAUAUGAUAUCAAGUGGAUCUGAGCCAGGCUGAAAGCAGCCUGGCUUGCGUUUGGCAGCAAAUGUAAAGAAUGCCAAAUGCAAGCCACACUUGCAAAGGGAACUACAGGGAGCCUUGCUUGGAAUGCAAUCCUGGCUGUUCUUUUGCAAGUGUGGCUUCCACAUGGGUACUGUUUAAAUCUGGCACCAAAUGCAAGCGUCACUGAUUUUGGCAGACAUCAGAUGCACCUGAGCGAAUCUGAUCAUGUAUUCUAAGGCUCCUGAUUGUUCCUUUGCAGCUGUGGCUUUACCUGUCCUUUGCCUGACAUCAUAUGACUUCAGACAAAUGGGCAUGGCCCAGGGAAAGCUCAGAGGUCUGGUGGCUAGCUUGACUCAUGGGAUGGAGGGUUCCCAUCUGUAUUUUAGAGGAACUACAAAUAGAAGCAAAGUGUGUGUGACAUUUUGUUGAGUUAAGCACACAUAUCAAUCUUGCCUCUGCACAGCCACGUGAUAUAGCCAUUGCUGGUAUUUUUAGGAGAGAAAAGGCAAGUUUUUACUUUUGCAAACCACUUAACUCUUUGCAUAGUCCUCAAUGGCAAAUCUGCAAUACAAUACAUGUGUUUGCCUCACAAUCAGGCUUUGCUCAGUUUUAUAUCAUUUAUUUUUGUGUGUGCAUUUUUCUGCAACUACUUUCUUCUAAAUGGCAUAAUU